UACGCAUGGCGACUCAACCCAUGUGAGAGGUCUCUUAUGUGAGUACCCAGCAGCACACUUUGCUGUCUGUGGUCUGUGGACAUUGACUGGCAUCUAAGCGACACCCCAGCUCCCUCCUCUCCCCCUAGACGCCACUGUCUUAGAGCCUCCAUGUGCAUUUGCUAUGACAUACAUCAGUGUUGAUGAGAGACAGGAACACUGCCGGGUGAUCUUGAGCUGCCAAAAUAAUCAGCUCUAUGCACAACAUGGCUUAAAGGAUUUUUCGGUUAGCAGUAUGCAUCCACUAAAGAACGUAGACACUCGUAUUUUUUCUGGGGACUUCCACACUCCAGGCUCCUGCCACACAGGCAAGGCACCUUUGGCCAGUCCUGUGGAAAAACGGAUGUAUCGGAGCGUGGAGAACCUUCACUGGGCAACACCUGCUGACUCUGGGCUGUAUUCUCACUGCCGGAGCCUGGAUAACGAGAUCAUCUUUCGCUAUAGAGGCACCAGUCAGUGGACAGAAGGCUGUGUGGAUGUGGCCCCAGUACAGAGCACAUCGGACUCUCUGAGAAACCUUUCUCUCCGUGCUAAACAGACAUCUCGAUCAGCACAGAAUGUGCUCCUCCCUCCCUUUGCCAAAGUGCCUCAGUGGCUUUUCCCUUCUGCAGAGGAAAAAGCCCUACAUGGGGAUGCCAAAAAAGAGCUGAAGGAGAAGCUGAGGCUGCACAGCAGUAAAGUGGCAGAGCCCUGCAAGCCAGUGCGUCCACAGGUGGCCCUGCCUGACCUGAUGGCCCGGGAGUUUUUUGAAUGCCAGAUGUGCCAGCAGUACAAGAAUGGUUGUGCUGUCAACUGCUGCAUGGUUUUGGUGGAACACACUGCUCUCAGGCACAGCCUCACAGGGAGGCAGAGACUGUGUUUUGCACACAGGAUCAUCAGUCCAGAAGACAUCAAGCAGGAGGCUCAGAGGAGGCUUCAGCUCCGAAGGCAGAAUAGCUCCCCCAAUUUGCCCCUUCAGCAUGCCGGGGAAAGCCAUGAGAUGGCCAAAUGCAGAACAGCAGAAAUCCUGGAACAAUAUAAUGGGGAAACAGAUGUCAAAGCCACAUUGGGACAGAGCAAGAAAGGCCGCUGCAAAGGGAGGCUCUACAUACCCACCUUUGAAGAAUUCAAGCGAAUGAGAAGUAAGGAGGCAAAUUCAUCUGCCAGCAGCAGUGGGCCAACAGAGUGCUUGAAUAAGGGUCUGCUGGCAAACCAGACCCUGGAGGAGGAGAAAAAUAAGAACGUCUGUCCAGAAGCUCUGGGGACCAAAGCUGUGAAUGAAGCUGCUGUCACAGCGGAGGAUGACGACGAUGUGUUCCAUGAAAACCACACCUCUGCUGGCUUUUCCCAAUAUUCAGCCACAUGGGAUGGUUUCAGAAUGAGCAGCCUUGAGGUGAAGGACAGAACCUUCCAGAUCUCCAGCCCGGAUAGAUCCCUGGUCCCCAUUUGCUCUAGCCCUAUUCCACGAUCACCUUUGCAGGCAGUAGCAAUACACAGAGCUGGGCAGGAGAUCUUCAGUGAUGAGCAGCAGAAAGGAGAGACAAGACAAUUAAAUGAUGUCCUCCACCUUGCAGGGCAGUCGCUGGCUUCUGAAGCCCAGUCCUCUUGCUGUUCAUCGCUGCUGUUAGAAGCCACAGACUUAUCCAGCUAUGGAGCUAAGCUACAAAAAAUGAAGGAUGAAUUCAUAGGUUCAGCCCUGGAACUUAUUAAGAAAAGCUGCAAUGCUGAGACUGCUGCCAAAUCCCCUUCCAAGGGACAGUGUGAUCUGAGGGAAGCUGAUCUCCCACCUCCAGAGGACAGCCAGCAGCCCACAGCGAUGUCCAUGGCAACAGAGACCUGGGAGGACAAGCCAAGCAAUGAGACAUCCAGCGACACUCCACCUGCAGGGAAUACCCCCAGUCCCGGCUGCCGCCGAUCCAGCUCUGACAUCGUCCAUGAGAGCACGGAUGGUGCCAAGGCCCAGCGGGAUUGCCGGCUGCGGCCACACUUCAGUGACCCUAUGCCGACAGACUCGGUGAAGAGGAAGCAGCUGGAGCUGAAGAUUGCAGCUGCAGCACGGCAGCAUGCACAGAAGCGCCGGCAGGAGCGAGACUACGGUACCCACAUUCUGCACACUCAGAGGGGCUUUGAUGAGACCCGCCGCACCCCACGUGGCUCCCUCCGCUCCAGACAUCAUUGGAGCAAUGUCAGCAGCCUGAGCACGGACAGCGGGAUUGUUGGCGUGAAUGAUGUCCGGGACGACCUGGAUCCCAGAGAGGCCACCAGGACCAAGUCAGCGGAUGUGGAGAGGGCAGAUAGUGGCAUUGGCCAGAUGCCAGCCAGAAAGUGGAGGAACAGGGCAUCUGAAACGCUGAGCUCCCUGCAGGCCUGGGAAGCCCACCGUCCCUGCACCGACUGUGGAGAAAGGGACCUGCCAAGGCGGGCUGACCUCUGUGAGAAGUGCCGCAAGCGCAGGACAGAGCGCAAGGAGUCUGUGCUGGAGUUCGUCAACACGGAGGCCAGCUAUGGAGAGGACCUGCGCAUCAUCAAAGAAGAGUUCUACCUCCCCAUGCAGGCAGCUGGGCUACUGAGCCAGGAGCAGCUCCUGGGCAUUUUCAGCAACAUCCAGGAGCUCAUCGACCUCAACGAGAACUUCCUGGACGUACUCCAGGAAGAGAUUGAUCAGGCCUUUGACCAGGGUGAUGAUGACCUGAUGACCGUGUGCAUCGGCGAAAUAUUUCUAGAGUUCGUCAACAUGCUGCCAGCCUUUCAGACCUACUGUCUUCAGCAGUCCUCCUCCGUGAAUAUGCUCAAUGCGCUGGAGAAGGAGAAAGAGUUGCUCAGAAUAUUCCUCAAUGUCUCCCAGAAUGACAACACAGCACUGCGGCGGAUGAACUUGAGGUCCUUCCUGAUGGCCCCUUUGCAAAGAGUCACCAAGUACCCACUGCUGCUCAGCAGAAUCAUCAAGGCCACCACCGAGUACCACCCAGAUCAUGGCAGCCUGCGGGAGGCCAAAAGCCGCAUCGAGUCCCACCUGGAGCACAUCAACAUGAAAACCAAGCAGGAGGGGAACACGUGGACCCUCCGCUCCUUUCGCCAGGACAGCAAGAAGAAGAGGGAAGUCAUCAACAUUGAGAUGAGAGAAACCGCCCUCAAAACUGUAGGUUGGCUGCGGGAGGAAACGCGAUUUGUGAUGGAGGGGUCUCUGCAGCUGGCCCAGCCCCCCGAUGGCCAGUGGGUGAAGAAAGGCAGCAAGACCCUGAAGUUCCAGAACAUGCAGGUCCUCCUCCUGGUGAACAUGAAGCGCGUGUCCGAGUCCAGCCUGGAGUCAGCCGAGCCAGGGCCUGUGAAGGACGCUGUGCUGGUACUCAUCAGGGACAAAAAUAAUGGGAAGUUCCAUUUGCUCAGGGAGCCCUUGAGGCUGAGUAAUUGCAUCGUCUCCACUGAUCCUGACUGCGACGACACUUUUGAACUCAUUGAGAUCAGGCGGGAGGCGUUUGUGUUCCGGGAUAGCGACCGGGCACGGACUCACCACUGGUUCAGGCAGAUCAGGCGGUACUCGAGGGAGCUGGGCUCCUGGAAGAAGCGGCGGAACGCGCUGCCCAACAUCAUGAUCAGCACCCCUCACACCAGGCCCUGAGUCCUGCAUGGGCAGCACGCAGGGAGGUUUGGCUUGACCAGUGCCACAUGCAAAGGACCAUCAAGAGCCUCGGUGGCCUGAACUUGCUCUGCUCCAUGGACAGCCCAGGGAGGAGCCUGGCCCAUGAAGACUCUUAGCAGCACUGGAAGCAAGCAUUACAGCCUAAUUCUGGUCUCCAGCCUCAGGACUCACAACCUGUUUGUGGCUGAUGUACAUACAGAGAUGGGCUUCCCUCGAGGAGCAGAUCUCUGGAGGAAAAUAAUGAGUUUAACUUGUUAAUAUUGCACUGCGGGAGAAUGAUAUAUGAUGCUUACCAUUGCAUGGAUUGUGUUGAAAGCCAGUCUUGACAACAUGAGAGAGGUUUCCACCAUUGACUGUAUUUCAUCAGCAUUAGGUAAAGUCAGGGUCAAAAUUAGGUGCAGUAUUAUGCAAGAGGGGAGGAAAGUUGGAGGAAAUUAUGUUUUCCACUGCUACUCCUAAGGACUAUAUUUCAUUAUUCACCUCUGUAUAUUCAGUCAAAAUACUUGUUUAAAAAGGUCUUUCAUCUUUAAUCCAAAUCAAGUAGGUAUCAAUUUGCUCAUUCAGCUGCAUGCACACAGCAAAGAAAAAAUAAAAACAGAGAAUAAUAAAAGGAGUUCUUGCUCUCUGACACAUACACCCCAAAUAUGUGUAGAACCUGUGGAAGAGCAGUAUACCCCCACUGAAAGUCUGUUAUUUAACUGACUUAGGGACUGGAACAUAACGCUGCAUCUGAUAUAUCUCAGAAGUGUAUGUAAAUAUAGCUCUGCUACCACUAAUAGUGAACUUAAAAGUUUGCAAUUAUUUAAAUGAUGUAAUUUAGUGUAUUUCAAAAUUUAAUUGAAAGGAACAAUUUUCAUUGUACUGUAGAGUAACAUAAAAGGUUUUAAUAAUUAUAUUUCAAU